GUAUGGACGUGACUUUAGAAACUGUAGGAGUGCAUGUCUCUCACAGGUUAGAGCGUUAUAGCGCUUUUCACUUCACAUUACUUGGAAACCAGCAGUCCUGCUCCAAAUGUGAGCUGCACAGGAGUUUAAUGCUCUUAACCAGGUCUUAACAAACAAUGUCUUUAAUCUUAAUGGUUUAGAGCCUCCCCUCCAUACGUCCCCUGCACUUUUGAAUCUGUCCAGCCCGCCUGGACUGUCUCCUUUGUCUUCUCAUAUUGUUAGACGCAUGCCAUCUGCUCCAUGUUAUUAUAGGCGGCUUUAGUUUUAAAGCAGCACAACUUCUGCUGGUCCCUUUCGCCCAGACUUUAGUCUCAGUAACUUCCCAAACAUAGCCCAGCAUGCACUUCUUCUCAGCUUGAAACGGGGCCACCUCCAGUUUUAGUUUUUUCUCCCCAAAAAUAUUCAGAGCCUAUAUUUUAACAUAACGGUGUAUGGUUGCCUGGUGACGUCAGCGUCCCAGCAAGAGUCCCUUUUUUGUGUGGAGCAGCCAGUCUGUGUGGAAAGAAAUCAACCGGGAUGCUUUUCACUCUGUCCGGACUGCUGCAAACACCGCUCAAACUCUCUGUGCAGCAGGCUCGACCACAUGUGAAAGGUGUACCGGGAUAUGUUUCGAAGAGCGGUGGCGAUAAAGAGAGCCGACGAUGAAAACGUGGACUCCGGAGCCGAAACUGCCGAAUCUGACUGCAGCAGGAUGUCAUCAUCUGGCUUUGAGCUCAUGACCAGUCAGGUCAGGCAGCAGCGGCAGCAGCAGCUCCUGCUAAUGAACUUGCAUCUGCUGGCCAACCCUGGAGACUCACUGCUGCUGCAGCACACCCUGGAUCGCCUCCUGCGCUGGCUCUGCCCAACGCUCCGCAUCUUCCAUGUGUCAGAGAGGGCCUCUCCAUUCAGAAGUUACACCCGCCUCUGUCCUGUGGCAGGCUACCCUUCUCUGGCCAUCACGUUCUUCCUCCAUGAGGCGUAUGGAGAGGAACGAAUCCUCAAAGUGCUGGACUUCUUUCAGCGUCCGCCCUGGCAGUACCACCACACCGAGAGCUGCGGCAGCCGAACUGGAGGGAUCCACAUUACCUCCUGCAGCUCCCCAGCCAAUGCCCUGAUGCGGCCGUACCUCCUGCCCAGCAGAGACUUCUAUAGUUUGGGUGCAGGGAUGCCUGUGUGGGGGGUUCGACCUGUGCACUGUGGUGGAGAAAUACUACGUGUGACACUGUACAGUGGAUAUGACAACUAUGAGGAUGCUGUGCGGCUCUAUGAGACAGUGCUGCAGCGACAGGCAGAGGAGCAGAAGACAGGCUUCUGCUGGUUCACUCUCCACACAGAGCCUGGGCUGUGCCUGCAGCUGGCUUUAAAACAGUUGUCACCAGGGGUUCGAGUGGAGCCAUGCAGCUCUGCCGUACUGCAAUUUAGUGUGGAAGAAAUUGGCCAGCUAGUCCCUCUGUUGCCCAACCCCUGUACCCCCAUCAGCACUACACGCUGGCAGACAGAAGACCUGGAUGGCAAUAAGGUUCUCUUCCAGGUGAAUACCCCAGCUCAACCUCAGCGACCUCUGACCUGUGCUUUCCCCCUGACCUGCCCCAGCGUGUCCCCCCGAGGAAUGCAGCUCAGGAGCUCAGUACAGUCGCCCUGCAGCCUCACCACACACCUGCCCUGGCAAACACACAGGCAAGGCCACAGACCGCGCAGUGACCCUGUCCUGGAGAAGCUUCAUGGAGGAGGUGGUGGAGCAGAGAGCCUGGGAUCAGGAAGCUGCUGCAGCACCCCUCCAGGCAGCUCCUGUUACUCAUCCCAGCGCAGCAGCCCUGCACCGCCCUCAACCACCAAUCACCCUGACUCUCCUCUGCGCCCCUCCAUCACCCGUUCUCUCUCCCAUCUCCUCCUAGAAGAGGAGGAGGAGGAGCCAGAGACCAACGUAGACACAGGAGUCCCCGUCUCACCUCGCUCUGACACAGCAGUCAAAACAAUUGCUCGCUCUUCCUCCAUGGACCUUUUGAUGACUCUCCAGUCUGAGAGACCCGCAGCUGUUGGGGCUUCAGCUGGUGAGAGUCUGGCCAAGGAGCUGAUUGAAUGUCUGCCACGUGCACACAUACACCCUCAGGCCACCUCCAAGAAAUGGAGCUCCGCUGGUUGUACAGAUGCAGCCAGGAAGCGCUGUGGCAGCAGGACUGUUGCAGCAGGACGAAGCCCCUCCAAAGGGCCCGUGGUGGAGAACAGGACUACUGCUGAGCUGCUGUCAGCACGCACAAACAACGAGGAGCCAGUCGAUGAGUUUUUCAUCUAAAUUACUUCCACUAUGCCACGUGCUGUGGUAAUAAUCACAAGAUGAGAAACCCUUUAAAGAGGAUCUGAAGUCAUGCAGUCUGACGAAAGAGCAGUGCUCUGGGAUGUAGAAGAAACCAAAGUUCAGAUGCAGGUGACACUUUCCACUCAGAAGUGACUUGGUGUCUAAAUUCUUAAAAUGGUUUGAUUCGUCCCGUAAAUUUCCACAAUAACAGUAACAGUACAAUUGUCCAACUCAUACUUUAAAAGACCUGCCAAGAGAGUGGUACAAGGUGAGUGAUACUUUAAAGCAGUGCAGGUAAUAAUAACAAUUAAUAUUGUUGAAUGUUUAAAUUACUUUUAUAUUUAGAUCCAACUAAUGAUUAGUUAAGCUAUUGUGCUAAAAUGUAGCCCUGUGAAUAGCAAAACAUGAAGGAAAUGCUCUGUAAGUGUUACUUUCAGGGUACUAAUGCCAGUCUAGGUUUCUGUAUAAUUGCUCAGCCAGGCAAGCUAAUGUCUUAUUUUUUGAUUGCCUUUGAAAGAGAUGAAGAUGAUCUCAGCGUGAAGUCGCUCUUUGAUGUUGCCGUUGAUCGUGAUUAGAAAUCUGAUUUAGUCUGAUUGCUCUCCACAGUGCACCACAGUCUGUGUUACAGUUCUUAAACCAGACUUUAUAUAGUAAAAGUAUAGUGGUUUUUGAUUACAAAUUAUCCUUGCUCCAGUAUUUGUGCGUCAUAAUAUAUAAGUGGUGGACUAGACCAGGCCAAAUUAUUGUAUUGAAGAGGAUUGAAUUUUCUCACAUAGUUAUUAUUUUCCUCUGAUAGCCUAGAGUUAACAGGAUGUUCUAAAUAACUACUUAAAGAGAACAUUUGGACUUUACAAAAAAGCUUGUAAUAUAUAUUUUUUAAUAAUAAUAUAACCAUUAGUAUGUAAGGUGUCUCAAACAACACAAAUGUGUCCUGAGCCUGUGACCUCAGAAAUGUUAAUUACAGUAAGUAAUGCCACAGUAAGCUGAGGGAUCAGCAGACAGAUUAACUUCAGUGAAAACUUAGCAAGUACAUCAUAUAUUGGACUGAUCAGUUACAACAGAUGGUAGUCAAACGCACAACAUUUUUGCAUGAUUAUAGCUGUUUAGAGACAAGUCUGAUAAAAGAUAAUAUUGUAUUAUGUGAGGAAAGGAAAGGCAGCUCGGAGGUGUGAAUGUGUUUAACUGUUUACUGUAAAUGGGUGUUACUGGAAAAAAAAUAGAGCAUCAACUGUGAGGCUCCUUAGUGUCUAACAUGUUCAAUGGUGCAGAGAAAUGUUUUAAGGCUUAGUAUUAAAAGAUAAAUGAAUAAAAGCUUGAAAUGAA